UCCCGGAAGACGACAAGACCAAGCCAAUUGAGUUGCAUUUAUCCUCACUAGACGCAUUGUUUUCCUUGCAUUUCCACCAGAUCCAAGAUUCCCGGUGGUUUGUGGGCUAUGACGUGAGCGUCGCGCAUGCCAUGGUUUACGUUGACCCCUCGGAAAAUCUGCUAUAAAGUACACCGGACGACCCCCCCCCUCUCUGACGUUCUCCUAUACAAACACCCACAACCAAAACAAUUCAACCAACUACAAUGGCAACAAUCCGUGACGAGAUUCACAUGUCGGAGAACUCUCCUCUUACUAUGCCCAACGAUCCUCCCGCUACUACUAAUCUUGGGGCUCCCGUCGGCGCUGCUACUACCCCCUCCACUUCUGCCGAUGCCCAGUACAAUGCUGAGUACAACCAGGCUAAGCGUGAUGCGAACGCUGCCGUGAACAACGCUGAAGCCGCCGUCUCCGACACCGCCAACGCAGCCCAAGCCAAGGCCACCCAAGCAAAGGACCAAGCCGCCGCCCAGGCCAACCAGGUCGCUGGACAGGCUAAGGACGCAGCAAACCAGGCCAAGGACGUCACCGCACAGAAGGUCGGUCAGGCACAGGAGAAGGUUUCCCAGGUUGCGGGACAGGCACAGCAGGCUGCCGGUGAGGCCGCCAACGUCGCCGAGGCUUACGCUUCCAAGGCCCAUGCUCAGGUUCAGGGAUAUGCGUCUGUUGCGCAGGAGAAGGCUGCUCAGGCUGCUGAGAUUGCUCGUCAGCAGGCUGCGUAUGCGCAGCAGCGUGUUGCGGACGGUGCUGCUGUCGUCCAGAACGAUUUCGCUGGUAUCACCCGUAACGCUCAGCAAGCCGACCAACAGGCUUCCACCCCCCUCGCCAAGUACAACUCUUUCGUCUACGACUUGUGUUCGUGGAACUACCCCACCGCUUCCGCCUUUUUCUUGGCGUUGGGCUUGAGCGGGUUGGUGUUGAUCAAGUUUGUCAACAUUCCCAAGCUUGUCUUCCGUGGUGCCUGGAUCGUGUUCUUGAUCUCCGCCAUCAUCGAGUACGCCGGUAAGAUCGUCACCGGAACCGGGUUCGUUUCGACCUACGUCAAGCCCCGUACCUUCCUCACCAUCCCCCGCGAACAGCUCGACCCCGUCUUUGACGAAUGCCACGCCCUCACCAACUCCAUCCUCUCCGAAUUCCAGCGUUUGGUGUUCGCUGAGAACGUGGCACACACCCUCGUCGCAUUCGCCUUCUCCUUCAUCUUCUACCAACUCUUCAAGAUCGUCUCUCUCUGGACUCUCUCCCUCCUCACCCUCAUCGCCGCAUUCUCCAUUCCCCCCUUCUACGCCCGCAACAAGACCCAUAUCGACGCUCAGCUCAACCGCUUGAACGCCAUCGGUUCCAAGUACACUCAGCAGGCUCAGCAGGUCGUUGGUGAUUACUCCCAUGUUGCAGCGGAGAAGGCGAGGGGUGUUGCGACUGUUGUUGGCGAGAAGGAGAGAGGGUGCUGUUGAGGGUGUUAGAGAGGCCUUGAGGGCUUAAGCGAGCGCAGUGUGUGAGCCGUGUCUUUGAAGAAGCAUGGUUGUGC